CAUGUCUGUAAGGAGGAGGAGGUUCUCUCUGACCAGCAGCUCUGUGUUCAGGAGAGGAACUCCAGUCUGGACCAAGAGGACCCAGAGCCUCCACAGAUUAAAGAGGAGCAGGAGGAACUCUUUGUCUACCAGCUCCUCGGUCACAACUCUCAUGUAGCUGAGAGCCAAGAUCAGAAAGGAGGCAAGCAUGGAGACUCAGGCUCAACUAGAAAUGCAGAGCCACAUCAACAGAAUCUACAUCACGAAAGCAUAAGUCACAGUAACAAUGUAGACAACCCUAACCUGUCAGAGAUGCACUGUGAUACUCACACAGGUAAACAGCCUUUAAAAUGUGACACAUGUGGAAAAGACUUUAAGUAUAAAGCAUCACUAGAGACGCAUAUAAGAAACCACACAGAUAAGAAGCUGUUUGUGUGCGAAACAUGUGGGAAAGUUUUCAGAAAUAAUAGUACCUUGGUAAGGCACAUGAGAAUCCACACAGGUGAGAAGCCAUAUUCUUGUAAAACAUGCAAAAGAAAUUUCCAGCAUACUAAUAAACUGAAACUCCACAUGAUGACCCACACAGGUGAGAAGCCAUAUUGUUGUAAAACAUGCAAAAAGAAAUUCCGGCGCAAUUAUGCCUUGAAAGUCCACAUGUGGACCCACACAGGAGAGAAGCCAUAUUCUUGCAAAAUAUGUGGGAAUAGAUUUACGAGUAAACAAACAUUGGACUCUCAUACAAGAAUCCACACAGGUGUGAAGCCAUAUUCCUGCAACACGUGUGGGAAAAGGUUUUUUCGGAAAUCAACAUUGAACUGUCAUACAAGAAUCCACACAGGUGAGAAGCCAUAUUGUUGUAAAACAUGCAAAAAACAAUUCCAGCGUAAUUAUAAACUGAAACUCCACAUGAGGACCCACACAGGAGAGAAGCCAUAUUCUUGCAAAGUAUGUGGGAAUGGAUUUGCUCAUAAAUCAACAUUGAACUCUCAUACAAGAAUCCACACAGGUGAGAAGCCAUAUUGUUGUAAAACAUGCAAAAAACAAUUCCAGCGUAAUUAUACAUUGAAAGUCCACAUGAGGACCCACAUGGGGGAAAAGCUGCAUCUCUGCAGCACAGAGGUUCCAGAGAUUAAAGAGUAACAGGAGGAACUAAAAGGAGUUUGACACUCCUCACUUCAGGGUUACACUCUGUAAUAAGUGUUGGGUUACACACUAUGUCUACACACUACCUCAGCAAUGAGGUCACUGAGGUUAUUUCUUCGUUAGAGGAAGAUUGUCCAUCUGUUUUGGGUUAUUGGAUUGCAAUGGGAUAGUGCUUGAUCACCUGAACGUACAGGUGUAAAUGCAGCAGAGAUAGAGGAUAUGGCUGGUGGGAUGCUGGGCUUCAGAAGCUCACGUGUAAUGCAUACUGGUACAUGCAGGCAGUCCCUGCACGGCUCCGCGAGCAGGAGAACUCAGCUUUAGGAUUCAGGGGAUCUAUUGGCAGAAAUGGAAUAUAGUAUUCAUAACUGUGUUUUCUUUCGUCUAUAAUCACCUGAAACUAAGAAUCGUUGUGUUUUCAUUAGAUUAGAACGAGCCCUUCAUAUCUACAUGAGGAGCGUGUCCUCUUCCACUGAGACCCCCAUGUUGCCUCUUUAGUAUCCCAGAACCUUUUUAAGGGGAAAGUUAAUGUUGUAACUGACAAUGAUGAACACUGUUAACCAAGAUGAAUGUUACUGCAUUGUAUGCAACGAUGACACUGAGCAUGGAUGAUUGUAGCAACACUGUUAAUAUAAUGUGUUAUACUGCUGCACAUUGUUUGGAGACUGACUGACAGAACAUAUUGCUGGAAAGGCCAGAAGUUAUAGAAGCUUAAGGAGAACGUAUUCAUAUCACACAUGUUUGUUACCAACCAUGCAUCACAUUGUACGCUUUGUAAAUAAUGAAUGUGUGUAUACAUUGUCUUGAAGAGAUGCUAUGAAGUAAUUUCUUUCUAAAUUCCGCAAACAUAUUGUGACUUUAGAAAAAUGUAUACCAGUCAAAUGUUAACGUUCAUUAAUAUUUUCUUUUGUUUUUUCAGUUGACAUUUAUUUUGUAAAUGCGUUUGUAUGAACAUGGAGAUAAUGGUACGUGUUGUAUUUCAUGUAGUAAUUACAAUAA